UAAUAAGCACUGCACAGAGAGAGACACUCAGCCUGAAGGACCGUUUGAUUUUCGACAAAAAUGACUAGAGCUGUCGUUUCUCUGCUGCUCUUGUGGCUCUUGCAGGACAGUUUUGGGGACACUCAGCCACAGGAGACUGAAAGUUUGUCCAGCCUAUUUAUCCAACGAGACAUCUCUGCCGAACUGAAGAGUCUGAAAGACCUGGUUAAUCAGCAAGGAACCACAUUAGAGGAGCUGAAGACGGAAUUGGUGAAGAUGCAGCAGGAGAAUGCAGCACAAGAAACCGAGCUCUCUACUUUGAAAUCCAGACUUGCGGUCAGUGAGCAAGAGGUGGAGAACCUGAAGAAGAAGAAUGCAGAGAGACCAAAGGUGGCUUUUUCAGCUGCUCUGACUGAUUCUGGAACAGUGGGACCCUUCGCUGUUCAGACUAAGCUGGUCUUCAGCAAAGUCUUCACAAAUGUUGGCCAAGCUUACAACUCAGCCACAGGAGUUUUCACGGCUCCAGUGAAGGGAAUCUACUAUUUCAGGUUCACAGCUCUUGGCUAUCUGAGCUCCAAUGCGAUGGCUGUUAAUUUACAUAAGAAUCACCAAACACUCAUACAUACUGGUGCAUAUAACACCCACGGCUUCCAUGAGUUCAUAAACAACGGCAUCGCUCUGGAGCUGGAGGUGGGAGAUGUAGUUUACACCAGCCUUUCGGCAACCUACAAACUUUUUGACAAUUCAAAUAACUCAACCACUUUUACUGGCUUCCUCCUUUAUCCUGUGUGAGAGCUACACCGGUCAGGCGUAACAUUAUGACCACCUCCUUGUUUCUACGCUCAUUGUCCAUUUUAUCAGCUCCACUUACUAUAUAGGUGCACUUUGUAG